CAGAAUUGUGAGAAUGUACACAGACAUUGUGAACCGAUUGAACCUGGAAAGCGUACAUCCCGCCAUCGUAUUCCCAACCCAAUGGGGUCUUCCUGUUUUAUCUCAUCCCUCUGUAACUUGCAGAAAGAGUGCCAUCCCUCGCGGUGAAUUCAUUAUUUCUGAGUGAGAAAAAGGAGCUGGGAUGAGAUCAUAUGUUGUUAAAUGCUUGUGGAGAUUUACAUUGCAGGUAAGAAACAACAAACUGCGAGUAAACUAGUUUAGGAUUGCAGAACAAGUUACAUCACAAACUGAAACUGGCUCAAAGACUAUGCACGACCUUAACGGGGGCUACCUUAGAGAGAAUUCGGUAUUGAAGAAAACCACUGAAGGUGCCUUUAGAGGCAAACCCAGUAAUGAUCAGGACAUAAGUAUGCUUGAGAUCGACAUGAGGUUCUUUUCACAAAAUUCUGGCUCCUCCUUUAUAGUAGAAAGCUUGGUCCUCAGUAUCCCCCCAUAUCUCUGGUUGAAUCAGAUGGCAGACCUUUCCUUCUCGUGCACGAUCUCUUUAAAUGCUGAAAAUGGAGGAAGAGGGCGUAGGAUCCAGGAAAUUGCUUUGGUUCGGAGCUUUGGAGUAGUUGGACAGCUAUCAGCUUUUUUAGAAAGGGACCGCAAAAAAGCAGUUCGUGGGCAAUCCUUUACAGCGACGCUUCAAUUACGAGUUAAGUUAUAGGUGCCUGGUUGUCGUUUUCCUUCGAACCUGUCUAUCAGCGACGCAGGACAAAAGAGGUCUACUUGCUUCGACAUCCCAUCAGAUUGGGUUACUUGUGUAGUUGUGUUCCAUUUAACUCGUUGCUGCAGAUUCAAAUGUUGAUUCACCAUUCAGAUAAACGAUGGGGAAUAUGGUUGCAAAAUUAAAUUAAAUUGAACCACCUCCCUGGAAGUGGAAACAAGCCGUCUUCUCAGUUCGCCCCUUCUCUCGUAUAGUUUGGGACUCCGGGUGUGGAAAGACUUCAUAAAUCGCGUGCUUCUUCAUUUUGAAUGACACUGGCGCUAUAAUUCCAAGGCAAAAGAAAUUGUAACAUUUCCCGGCAUCCUGUGGCUCUUUGAAAAUUUCCUACACCCAACCUUUUUUUUUUUUUUUUUUCAAAUGUUGAUUUAUCGUGGUAUAAGGUUUUGUGACUAGCAUAGAUACUCAUCCCAAAAAAUUAACAUAUUAUGUGAAAGAGUCCUUUAACUUAUAAAU